CGUCCGCGAGACAGCAAAUUCAAUUGUUAAGCUCAUGUUGGCCACUUUCCAUUGCCUUCAUCUGUAGCACUUCCAAGCUCAUGGCUGCCCAGGCCGCUGACAUUCCCCUUCGGCCCCCAUUCUCUCGCAGCGUUGCCGUCAUUGGCGCCGGCGCCGGCGGCCUCAUCGCCGCCCACGAGCUCCGCCGAGAAGGCCACAAAGUCGUAGUCUUUGAGCGGGCGGGCCAGGUUGGGGGCACCUGGGUCUACGACCCGCUCACGGAAUCGGACCCUCUGGGGCUCGACCCGUCGCGGGAAAUCGUGCAAAGCAGUCUCUACGCCUCUCUCCGCACCAACCUCCCUAGAGAAUCCAUGGGUUUUCGCGAUUACCCAUUUGUGGUCGUGGAUUCGAAGGAGAGGGACCCGAGAAGGUUCCCAGGUCACCGCGAGGUACUGUUUUUUCUUAGGGAUUUCGCCAGAGAUUUUGGGCUAUGCGAGCUGGUGAGGUUCGAGACGCAGGUUUUCUAUGUAGGAUUGGCGGAGGACGGGAGGUGGACGGUGAAGUCUCGCGGGAGCAGAGGCGGGGAUGAUGAUGAGAUUUUUGAUGCUGUAGUUGUUUGCAAUGGACAUCACACGGAGCCUCGAAUUGCGGAAAUUCCCGGCAUUGACAAGUGGCCAGGGAAGCAAAUACAUAGCCACAAUUAUCGCACUCCUGAGCUUUUUCAAGAUAAAGUCGUAAUAAUAGUAGGGAGUUCCGCGAGUGCAAUUGAUAUUUCCUCAGACAUUGCUGGAGUUGCUAAAGAAGUUCACAUUGCAAAAAGAUCUGAUGAUGUGUUUGGAAUGCAUUCUUGUCGUGGGAAUGUAUGGUCUCACUCUAUGAUAGAAAGUACAUGUGAAGAUGGUACUGUGAUAUUCCAAGAUGGGAGCAUGGUCCUUGCUGAUGUCAUUUUGCACUGCACAGGGUACAAGUACCAUUUUCCUUUUCUCGAGACUAAUGGCAUCAUCAAUAUGGAUGACAAUCGCGUGGGGCCACUAUACAAGCAUGUUUUCCCGCCUGCCUUGGCACCAUGGCUUUCAUUUGUUGGAUUACCAUGGAGGGUUAUCCCAUUCCCAAUGUUUGAACUCCAAAGUAAAUGGAUAGCUGGCAUCUUGUCUAGUCGGAUUGCACUUCCAUCACAAGAGGAGAUGAUGAGAGAUGUUGAAUCCUUUUACUCAAGACUUGAAGCUUCUGGCACUCCUAAGCGAUACACACAUAACCUUUUAGGUUAUCAGUUUGAGUACAAUGAUUGGUUGGCAGCAGAGUGUUGUUGUGCAAUUGCUGAGGAAUGGAGGAAACAAAUGUUUUAUGCUGUUAACAAGAAUAGGUGUGAGCGACCAGUGACGUACCGAGAUGAAUGGGAGGAUCAAGACUGGAUAUUGAAAGCUCACGAGGACUUUGCUAAGUUCUCUUCAGGUGGAUAUUGUAAUGGAUGCAUCCCUUAGCAACCAAUUUCAAGUGUACCAAUAUGGUAUGUUUUGGUGAAAAUAGCUUGUUGGAUUAACUCCUAAUAGCUUAUAAUUACUAAAUUUAUAAGUAGCCUAGGAUUGAAAUCAUGUGAUCUGUGACAUUUAUUUUGAAAUUUGACCAUCACCAUCAAAUCUUAACAUUUUCUUCA